AUGAAUGUUGGUUGCAUAGAUGUCGCCAUUGUACAUAUCGUUGCAAUCAUUUCAGUUGGUACUUUUGCUUGUCAAUUGUCAAAUUGUGUAUUAUUGUGUGUUUGUGCAGGAUCGACGGCGACGCAGCAGAUCGGCGUGCAGCAGGAUUCUUCGAAUCAGCUGGGCUAUCAGCAGCUGCUGCAGCAGAGGGAGGAGGAGAACAGGCAGGAAGUGGAGAGGCUGACUGCUGAAAUACGGGCGCUGAAACACCAACUGCUGCAGCUAACGAGUAGUGGACAGCAGCAACAGCAGCAGGAAGGUGCAUCGUUUACUGUGAACUUGAAUGCUUCAGUGUCGCCGGCAGCGGUGGUGGCGACACCGACGAACGGGGAAUGCGCCCACUACAUCAGGAAGCAGGUGUCGACGGCGGAGGUGCUGCGCGGCAUCUCGCUGAACAACGAGUACGAGCUGAUCCCGUUCAACCACUUCACGUACACCCGAGUCUACCCCAUAGACCUGGGGCUGGGCAAACGGGUGGUGGAGAAGCCGAUAGGUUUCAAGCGGAAGGACCUGCUGGAGGCGCUGAUGAAGGCCGUCGACGCGCUGAACAGGAACCAAACGAAUCAGAGGAGUUCGUCGACGACGACGGCCCGUUACGCUCUGGACGAUUUCCUGGAGGGUAUAUACCGCACCGAGCCGACGACGGGAACCCAAUACGAACUAUACUUCCGCAGCAAGUCGACCGCCACCUCCUCUUCGUCGAACCAUCACCAUUACGUCAACGGCUUCUUCAAGGUGGUGGUGAUGCGACCAUUCGCACCGCUACAAACGGUCAGCUCGACGGGACUGGCGGGGCCGAAGGAGAAGGAACUGAUCCACGUCAUCCUGCCACUGAGCGGGAGGACGGCGACGUUUCAGGGAUUCAUGGACAAGUUCGUCAAAAUAGGCCUGAAGAACGAUAGACGUGUCCAUCUGACUGUCGUCUACUUCGGGGAGGAGGGUCUGUCGGAGGCAAGAAGUAUCAUGUCCAGAGUACUGAUGACAAAGAACAGCGGUGGAAGCGCGAACAACCUGCGGCUCCUCGCCAUGAACGAGACGUUCUCCAGGGGUAAAGGGUUACGCGUCGGGGCGGAGAGAGUGUGGGGUGGUUUAGGUGAUAGCGGUGGCGGUGGCGGUAAAGACGUGCUGCUGUUCAUGUGCGACGUGGACGUGGUGUUCAGUGCGCGCUUCCUGGACAGGUGCAGGUGGAACACGCAGGCCGGAAAGAAGGUCUACUAUCCGGUCGUGUUCAGCCUCUACAAUCCUCACGUCGUCUACACUCUGCAAGGAAGAGAAGUGCCCCCAGAGAACGAUCAGCUGGUCAUCUCCAGGGAUACAGGAUUCUGGAGGGACUUUGGAUACGGAAUGACCUGCCAAUACAGGUCGGACUUCCUGAAGGUGCGCGGCUUCGACGAGGACAUCGUCGGUUGGGGCGGCGAAGACGUCAUGCUGUACCGGAAGUACGUGCGCAGUCACAUGAAGGUCGUCAGGGCUACGGAUCCCGGCAUAUUUCACAUUUGGCAUCCGAAGGUCUGCUCCGGCGGUCCCGGAGGACAGAAGUUAUCCGCGGAUCAGUACAGGGCCUGCAUCAGGUCGCGCGCCCUCAACGAAGCCUCUCACGCCCAGCUCGGAUUCCUGGCAUUCCGCGACGACAUUGCUGCCAACAGUCCCAACUCCAAGUACCAAUCCCCUAUACACGCGCCUCCACCGAAACGGAGUAAAUCGGAGGCGGCCAAGAAGAACACUUGAUGAACCCUUGGCAAAUUCGAGUUCUAAUUGGACACGCAUCCCCUAUAAAACAUACCAACCGCAUCCCACGAAAUACCCCCAUAAAAAAUGAAUUCACCGCAUGUAGCGUGAACUAACCACAUUUUCCACCCGAAAUGACGUUUCUAGUGAAUUUUAGUGGUACGAGACGCGUAGGCGCUGAAUAUCUUCAACUCCUCCCAAUUUUUUUCAAUUGUUAUCGUUUUCACGUUUCCUUUUGCGCAUCGAUCAUACGCCAAAACCGUUUAUUGUGAUAUCGUUUACGUUUUUUUUAUAUAUAAUAUAAAUAUAUAUAUAUAUACAUACAUAAUAUUAAACUUUUCAA